CUUUGGAUUAAGUAGGCCUUUACCGGCAUAGAACGCCUGCCUUACGUAGUGUAUAUGUAGUAGGGAACUAGCGGCAACCGAUGCCUUCACUUCACCAUCGCGCUUGCUCACAUGACGAGCGAAACUUCAGACCCACAUAUAGCGCAGUUCUCUUACCCCUUCCCGAGUGCUCACACUGCCUCAUCACUUGAUCCAUUGACUAUGUGAUUGCAACUGAUUCCCAUCGUUGCCACUAUCGCUACCUUUAUUGUUGGCCGCGCGCUCAACGUUGGCAAAGCAACUUCAAGUGUCUCACAGAUGGGUCGCCGUCACCAAGAGUUGUUCGGGAAGCCUGGACCGCCAGCAUACGAGGACCAAAUCAAGCAGAGUGGACGAAAGAUCAGGUUCAGGCGCGACAGUGUAGUCCAUGACUUCUUCGACGGUGACCAUGCUAGCGAGGUAGACUGGAAGAAGUUCGCUGAAAAGGGCAGCGCGUUGAUGUGCGGUCUCAACGGCGACGACGAAGAAGCCGGCAUCCAGAUGGGCGACAAGCGUACUCCACCUUCAGCCGCAAGCCCGUGGACAGGUGAUCUCACACGAGAGCUCGUGGUCUGGAAGUGGUCCAUAGUCAACCCCUCCACCUACUCUUGCAAGAUGAACGAUCACUGGAAGAUACCCGAGGCCAUGAAAGCUCUUAGGCUCAAUGGCAAGCCGCAGUCAGAAGGCGGAGACAACGCGUGCUAUCGAGUCGAGCACUGGAACCCGAAGCCCACAGAGAAUGGACGACAGAUUCCCGCGAUUAAUCAGUGGUAUACUGUCGAUGGUAUGGAGUACCAGGCCACACAAGCACACUAUGAACUCGGCAUCAACCCCACCGGCGGCGCCAUAUUCGGUUUCUUCCUCGACUCGCCUAUUUACGCAGCAUCAAACACCUGGUACGGCGGCCGCAAGCCCGUCGACCCCACCAAACUCCCCAGGCUCCGCGCCUUCUCGGACAUUCUCUGGGGAUACUGGAACCGCAACAACCCCGACAUCAAAAACAUCCGCUACUUCUUCAUGCUGGGUAUCAGCAACGACCAGACGAACCAGCUCAUUGAUACGUGUCUGCAGAAGGCGGGGAAGCAGUUGAGCGAGUGGCCUGGCAUGGAGUUUGAUACGAAGACUGACGAGGGACAUGCGUUGCUGGGGAGUCCGAAUGGUGCUGGCUUUGCGUAUUUUUUGAUGCAACAUAAACGGGAGCUAGGGCUUAAGACGAUUACGAAGGUCACGGUGUUUAGGGCGGAGACGGAUGAUGAUCUGGCGUUUGUAGAUUCGCAUUUGUUGUUCCAUGUCGGUGAU